AUGUCUCUUCUCCCUCCACACCUGCUUCUCCUCGUCGCGGAGCGCGCGGGCUUCUCAGAGAUUCAGGCCCUCAGAGCAACAUGCAGAACGAAUCGUGAGCUGCUGGACCGGUAUGAACAUGCCGUGACCAAGAUCAACGCCGCCCACUACCCCUGCGCACCCUGCAACCACAUCCUCGCCUCCGACACAAGAGAGCGCGAAGUCCUGCCCAAGGACACGUUCGAAAUCAUCCGGGAACUCGAGACGCGCGAGAGCAAUAUCGAACAGCUCAUCAACGGCGCCUUCCUCGCCUUCUGGGAAGAAUACGACCUCCAAGAUACAUCCAAGGCGGACCUGAUCCGUGCCAGCCUCACCAGCGCGCUCUGGCGGUGCUCAGAGAUUGCGGACCUUGAGACACACUCCAUAAGAUACAGAGAAGACAUCGUCCCGCGGAGAGACCCCUGCGUCAAGUCGCUGAUUCACCAAGACAUCAUCCUGCGCGAUGCGCCGCCGCCGGACGGCUGGCACCUCGCACUCAAGGAGGUCCACCAGUCGAAUCGGCAGGACGUGCGCUUCCGGCAGCUCGCCUACGUACGGAGCCUGCCGGCGCAGGAGCUGGCGGGCAUGGUUGUACUCUCGCACCUGACGAGCCAGGGGUACAUGCGGUACCGGGCGCCGACGUCGGCGGCGUCGAGGCCGGAGAUUGUGGAGAUGGCGGUAUGCAUGGCGGAGAACACAAUCCGGCACGGGAUAUUCUUCUUGUACAGCAAGAUCAAGGGCUCGGAGGACGCGCAUCACCAUGCGAGGCUGUUGCUGGACGACACAUACGAGGAGAUGCGGCGAUGGGAAGCAGGGGAUCCGAGCGUGUUGCCGGGUCUUACGAUGACCGUUGCUUCGCAGCUUUGCGAGAGGGUCGGGUGUGAGCACAGGGAUCUGUUGCGGGCUGCAUGUGUUUUGGUUAAGGGGGGUGUCUGGAAGAAGGAAGAGGACACGGAGCAGGCGGAGGAGGUUGAGCGGGAGAAGGAUGUCGGAGACGAGCAUGUUGGAGAUGAGGAUGUCCCUGAGCUGGUGCAGGUGGGUGGCCCUUGA